AUGUCACCGAAAUCUCGUUUGUGGGAAUCCCGCAUGUGUUGCAUACCUCAUAUUAAAAAAGACAACAGCGGCGCAGUGAUAGCCCGCAGCUCGAGCCACGAUGCAUGGAGGGUACCACCGCGGGGCACGCUUAGGGGUGUGACCGGGCUCACAUCCCAUUGGUCGCUCAUCUCAGCCACAUUUGAGCCCAAGCGCCCGCAUCGGACGACCGAAUAUCCGCCUUCAGAGCGCACGAUACGAGACAAAUUCGCCACUCCACCACUCCUAGCUCUGUCCCCGAGACGAGGCGGCGCGACGGAUUCGAGGGAAGUUGGAACGGAGGUAGCGGGUCCGCACGCGCCCGCCGCCGAAGGCUACAUGUACGUGUGCGGGGACAAUGCUGGGCCGCGCUACGAGUGCUUCGAGCCAGCGCCUUCCAUGGAACAGCCCACCUUCGAGGAGCACAUGUUCGGAGAGUUCGGAAAGGACAGGCAAGUCCAGGUAGUGGUCGGUGCCGGCGGUGAACUGCAGUACCGCGAGGAGUUGCCAGUUUUCUCCAGCGAACAGAAGCGGAAAGAGGAGCCGUUGCUGCUUCAGCAGGUGGAUGCGCCGGCGCAGCACGCGACGCACCCGCCUCCGCCACCGCCGCCAGCUACGAAGAAAAGUGAAAAGAAGAAGAGUGAAAACAAUGGAAUUAAGAAGAAGAAAACGAGAACUACAUUCACUGCAUACCAGCUGGAAGAACUUGAACGGGCGUUCGAACGAGCUCCAUAUCCUGAUGUCUUCGCCAGAGAAGAGUUAGCUCUGAAACUAAACCUUUCGGAAUCAAGGGUUCAGGUAUGGUUCCAAAACCGAAGAGCAAAAUGGCGAAAGCGGGAACCACCAAGAAAGACAGGGUACAUCGGUUCCAGUUCACCAAGUUCCACGACACUCAGCGGUGGUUUCUCAGGCAUCGGCGGCAACCUCCCAACAUUCCCCCAGAACGGUCUUCCAGCCCCAGCGGACUCCUGGUCCUAUCAGCACUCGUACGAAUUAUCCUCUCAUCAUUUACUAUCAUCAGGUAGCAGCGGUUACCCAGCCUUCAAUGCGCAACCGGCCUAUUCUUACACCACUGUCCUCAAUGGGCACGACGGUCAGAAUAUGUUCGCGUCAAGGCAUUACGAUUACAGCGAAGGAAGCCCUCCCCCUAUUGGAGUGCGUGACUACCCAAUGAUAGCUGCUCAUUCACCGCAAAUGGAACCCCAUGGCCACGAAGACAAGUUGGACUAUCGUAACCAUGACCAUGAGGAUAAGUAUACCGCUUGCGCUUUGCAAGAGGAGCCCCGGUACGGCGCGCCUCCAGAGGACUACGAUAAAUGUGGGAUGGUGCCCCACGAGAAGCACUAUGAGAUAGAUCGCCACCAGGAGAUGGCGCAACCGGUGGUGGUGAAAAUGGAACCCAGUCCCGGACAAGCUUACACGUCACUGCCCCCUUUUUUGAACUGA